AUGCCGUCUUCUUCGGAGAGUUCCUCCCGGUCUUCAGAGGACACUCUCGUCAAACAUCACCCUCUAUCUCCGUCGUCUAUUGAUGAGAAACCGCGCCACCACCGCCGCCACCACCGUCACCCUGCCUCGUCGAUCCUCGCGAAUGUGCUCCGACGCAAAGACCCCGACGAAGAAGAAGAUGAUGAUGAAGACCCCAGCAGCGGCGGGGGCUAUCUGAUGCGCGACCCGCACGCCCACCGGAUGCAGAAGCUGCUGCUGGGAUGCAUCGGUGUGCUGUCAAUCCUGUGCGCGGGGCUCACCGGCGCCGUGAUCAAACUCAGCGUCACGCCCAAGGACGUCUUUCGCCACGUCCCCGAGGCCAAGGCGGAAGUCAUUCAUACGCCGGGCGUGAUGCCGCCGAUCCUGGGACCUGAAUUCACCAAAAAGACAGUGCUCUUCCAACGAAACGAGUCGUUCAUGGGUUCCAAGGAGAAGGCGUAUCCGGCAUGGCACGAGAUACUGCAUCGCGCGCGCCACGGCCGCGUGGCGUUUGACAGCAUGCCCGGCGAAUUCUACGGCGUCGCUGGGUACCAUCAACUGCACUGUGUGUGGCUUCUCCAGUGGGCCGUCGACUACUCGGUCCGCGGGAUCGUGCCCGACGAGUUGACCGCCGAUCACAUGUUUCAUUGCACCGAGUAUCUGCGGCAGUCGGUCAUGUGCUACGCGGAUCCGACGCUGGAGCGGCGCUUUGCAGGCAUCUUGGGACCCUUCAGCGCCAACAACACCCAUGUCUGUGGCGAUUGGGACAAGUUGAUGGACUGGGCGGACGACCAUAUCUAUCUCGGACCGUACCUCAAUCCCACCACCAAGUUGCCGCCCUAG